AUGGCUUCAAAGAAGAAUAUUCACGCUGCUUUGGGUAAAGCUCUAAACAUAAGUAGCAUUGGUCUAGAUAUGAAAGGUGUUAAACGUAAGCCAUCUCCUCGAAAAGUAUCUGCAACUGAAGAUUGUUCUGAUCUCCAAAGCGGUCUGUUGGCAUUUACCAAGAGAUCUGGCAGCAAUGCGUCCAUGCUAACAGUGAAUGUUAUUGAAUGUCGAAAUCUACAACCAAAAGACUCCAAUGGGAAAGCAGAUCCAUACUGCAUCGUAACAGUUGGUAAUAAUGAGGAGAGAACAAAAACUGAAAGCAACACCUUAAAUCCUAAAUGGCUUCAAGCCAUGAAAUUUGAAAUUGUUCAUUUACCACAUAUCGAUCGAGAUCAAACAGCUCUGUCUGGUAAUAAAAACUCAUCGUUUAUGGUUCACUAUGUUCAACUGGAUAUUUGGGAUAAGGAUCGCUUAAAUUAUGAUGACUUUAUGGGGCGAGUAAUGAUUCCAUUAGCAUUUAUAACAAGUAAGCCAUUGAAUGCAUGGUUUACUUUGGGCCGAAUAAAUCCGAAAGAUAUUGUAAGCGGCGAAAUUCAUCUGGAAUUGUCAAUUACUGAUGUGAAGCCUGUUGAAGACUGGUAUCUAAAUGAAGAAUUACACAAUAUCUGCAAAAGAAUUCCUCAGUUCGAGUUACCGUUUCUAUGUGGAGAUAACAUUAUUGACUUUCCAGGAGAUGCUGAACAGAUAGAAAUGAUGUUCAAUAACGUUGUAAUUGAAGUUGCUAAACAACGCGGAAUUGGUCAAUUAUUUUUGACUAAUUUUAGGCUAAUUUUUAUUUGGCAAGCGGCAGCGGCAUCUCAAAAAUCUUCUGAAGGGACAGAUUUGUCGAUGUUUAUUCCAAUUAACAUGAUUACUUCCGUUGAAAAAGGAGACGACGAAAAGGUCUAUGAGAGAUCAUUAUCUGGUAGUAUCGCUCACUCAGAAGCUAAAUCGUUAUAUAUCCGUUGCGCUGAUUUUCGGGCUGUGAGAUUUUCAUUUUUAAGUGGCAAAUCGAAAAAGAAACGAAAUCAUCUAGCCGUUUCCAACCUAUCAAAAUCGGGAUCUAGUAGCAGUAUUUAUUUUGACAUUAGCGAAAAUGAUGAGCUUAGGUAUGGUGAUGAAUCAAGAGCUGGAAGUGAUGAGGAGGAAUCGAUUGAUGGCGACAAAAUUGAUGAUUACCAUCAAGAUUCUAUUGAUCAAGGUGAUGAUGCUAGUGAUGGCAUUGCAUUUGAGGUAUCGGAAAACAGUAAGUCUUUACCGAUUAUCAGUAAUGAUGUUAAUGAAAAUGAAAAAGAAGUUCCGGUUAAUAGCCAAGCUAAAACAGCACCUGAGGUAAUUGUUGAAGAUAGUUCUAUCACUGAGGCCUGCCAAGUUAUUCAUAGUAACGCAAAUGAUGAAUCGGACCUUGAUGGAGACCGUAAAGACCUUACAUCUAAGGAAAGUGAUGAUGGAGAUUGCCAAGAUAACGCACCAUUAACUAAUACUAUUGAUCCAAAAAAGCAUGAAACAGACCAGUUCAAUGUUAAGAUGGAUCUUAAUUCAGAUUUCGUUCAAAUUAGGUCGAAUAAAGGUAACGCCCCUACAGCUGCACCAGUUAAGCAGUCUCGUUCAGUGGCAGGCUUUAUGGAUAUUAUUCGCAACCGAGCAAAUGAUGCCUUAGCGUAUGCUAAUGCUAAAGUCAACGAAUUUACUUCAAGGACAUUUUCGAAUUAUUAUGAAUUAAAAAAGAAAGAGUUAACUUUAAGCCAUUGGAACUGUUAUGACACCAUGAAGGAAGUUGAACGGCAGAAACUACUUCUUAGCAAUAAAUGGUGGUUAAGCGCUUUAAAUUACAACUAUUCCUUAUGCGAUACUUACCCUUCCCAUAUUUAUGUUCCAAUAACAGUUGGGGAUGAAGUUAUAAAAAGAUGUGCUCAGUUUCGAUCUAGAGGUCGGAUACCUUGUUUAAGCUGGUAUGACGCAAGUCAUGGCAGCUUUAUUAUGAGAUCUGCUCAACCAAGUGUAGGCCCAAUGGGAAAGGGCAAAGGGACUGAAGAUAUUACCAAUCGCUAUAUUGGAUGUCGCUUAAUUUACUUGAACAUCGCUAACAUCCAUGCUAUGCGCGAAAGCUUUGAUAAGUUACUUGCCAUAUGUGAAUCUACAACGGAUAAGAAAUGGUUAUCACAACUAGAAUCAACCCAAUGGCUACAAUAUCUAAAGAGUAUAUUAAAGGGUGCGACUAUGAUUGCACAGCGGAUUAGUCAAAGACAUAUAUGUGCUUUAGUUCAUUGUAGCGAUGGAUGGGAUAGAACCGCUCAGUUAACUUCUUUGGCCCAAUUAAUGUUAGAUAGCUAUUAUAGAACCAUUGAUGGAUUUAUAGUAUUAAUAGAAAAGGAAUGGCUGUCAUUUGGUCAUAAAUUUGGAGAUAGAAUUAACAAUCCUGUUCUAACCAACCAGCGAUCACCUGUGUUUUUACAAUUUCUUGACUGUGCUUGGCAGAUGUUGCAGCAGUUUCCGAGAGCAUUCGAAUUCAACUCGGAUUUCUUGUUACGAAUUGCUGAUUAUUUUGGAAGCGGAUGGUUUGGAAAUUUUAUGUUUAACUGUGAAAGAGAGAGAAAAGAGGCUAAUCUACAAGAAAAUACCCCUUCAUUAUGGGCACAUAUCAUAGCAGAUCAAGAGAAUUUUUUGAAUGUGAAAUAUCUUGGAACAACGGAGGAACCUGUAGUAAAUGAUGACGAAGAAGAUAUAUCUAAUAGUAUUGUAUGGGUUCCCGAUGUUCGAGCGACUGAAUGCUAUGACUGUAAACAAAGAUUUACUGCUAUAAGGAGAAAGGUCAUGUGGACAAGUUUUUUGCAGGAUGUGCACCCGGCAUAA